GGUGUUGUCAAGCGUGAGGUGACUUGAGUGACCCUGGACGCGAAGAACCAUGGAGACAGUACAAAAGGAAACGAAGGCAUAUCUCCUCGUUCGCCCUCCGCUCGAAAUCCAAAUUCCAUGAUGUGCCCACCUAUACAACUUUACUCGAAAUUAAGUAGGGGAGAAAAUAUUUCGAAAUUAGCAUUGGUGCGUAAACUAUUUCGACACCCUGUAUACAAUAAAAUAACAACCUGUCUCACGUAUCACUCAAAUAGAAACAAUCGAACGCCCUCAACAUACAACACAAAAGGCCACUGUGACAAGGCACAACAAAACUAUUUUUAAUGUAAGCAGCAAUGUUUAUAUACAAACAUUAUACUGUUUGUUGAAAUAAAACCCUUUCAUUUAUUGGUACUUGUAUUAUUAUCUAUAUGGAUAAUUUUCUGGAUACCUUGGACUUAACAGGAAGGAAAUUAAAAAAACUAAAUAAACCUUUGUCGAAUGAAACGCAAGUUACAACUUUAAUACUAGAUGACAAUGAGUUACAACGCCUGGACAAUGUUGAUUCAUACAACAAGGUUCAAAAAUUGUCCGUUGCCCGUAAUCACCUGCUAAGAAUGUAUGGCGUUUGUCGAUUGCAUAUGUUACAUACUUUAAAUCUGGCACAUAAUGGCAUUUUAACAAUCGAAGGUCUUAAGGAAUUAAUAAAUUUAAAGCAUUUGUGUUUAGCCGGAAAUGCAAUCAAGACGAUUGAGCAUUUAAAUACAAAUAUAAAAUUAGAAACGUUGGAUCUUUCGGAAAAUACAAUUAGCCAUAUAAGCGAUUUAUCAUUCUUAAAAAAUCUUAAGGAGCUAUUACUGCACGGUAACAAAAUUGGACAUCUGCACCAGUGUGACAGAUAUCUGCCGUCUAGCCUUGUCACAUUAACGCUUGCUUCUAACAAUAUUAAUGAUUUAAAUGAAGUAUCUCGGCUUGUUCAUCUUACCGCCUUGAAUAACAUUUCGAUAGCUAACAAUCCAUGCGUCAAGAUGAGUGGAAAUGUUGUAGGUUUUGAUUACCGUCCAUUUAUUGUAAAUUGGUGUAUGAAUGUACGUACAAUAGACGGAUAUGUUGUUGAUGCAAUUGAAAGUUUGAGGGCUGAAUGGUUAUACUCUCAAGGACGGGGUAGACAUUUUCGUGUGGGCGAUCAACAAGAAUUGAGUCAGUACUUAGCGACAGUAUGCCCAUUAUCUGGAGAAACCCUAGAAACUGAAGAAGAUAGAAAACUCAGACUGAUUUUAAGUAAAGCUCAACACCACCAGCAACAAUUAAGAGAUCAGGAAAUUAACCCUAGCGCUUGCAGUUCACCUGUAGCGAGAAAAAAACUGCAAUCAUCUAAAUUUUCACCACGAUUAACAUCCAGAUUAAGUUCAAAAGGCGCAGAUUUAAUGUCGACAAGUUGCUAUUCGACGGAUAACAGUACAAGUUCACCAAUAAUGACAAAAAGUCUCGAUCCGUCAAUAUUAAGUCACAAUAUUCCACCAAAAUUGAAUGAUUGUAUCGAACACCAAAAUGGAAUUGUUGAAAAAUGUUUAGAAGAUAUAAGCAGCCCACUACAGGCGCUGUCAAAAUUAGUUCCCGUUCCUGAAUCACUAAUGAGUCCAGAUUACCGACCUAUGGCUCUAUGUAACAAAAUCCCUACAGCCAACAAUAAUAGAACAUCGAGCAAAAUAACGCCUUCAUCUCAGUCACCGAAGCCGUCUCGUAUAGCAACGAUAAAAUCAAAAAUUCAAACGGACGCAGUUAAGAAAAAGAACGGUUCGCCGAAUCAACAGCGCAAGUAUUCGCAAAACAAUCAGACAAGACAGCCCGAGAGUGUCAUGAAGAAAUCCCCGAGCAGUGAAGAGGAAUCGGAAAUUUGUCCUGCGAAAUUACAGAUGAUUCAAAUUAAAGUGAAAGAACGUCGCCAAAAAGAUAAUGACGUAUGUCAAACUAGCGAGGAAAAGGUUGAGAGGGCGGCGGUUUAUAUUCAAAAAAUGUGGCGAGGUUAUUAUGUUCGAAAUAAAAAUAAAUACGUGCAAGAAUUAUUUAAAACGUUACAAGCUCAGAGAUCUGAAGAAUAUAUACAAAAACUUGCAAAUGACAUGGAAUCUACAAAGGUAGCACUCGAGAGCGAACGAAGGAUUCAAAUGCUUCAAAUGCAAGCUAUUAAUGCAUUAUGGAAGAAGGUGUCCACAUUACAUCCCAAUGGCGAAACAACAAGUGGCGCCGUGUUCCCAUCAUCUACACUAGAAAAUACGGAAAUAGUGAAAGAUUUAGCGCAAACUUGCAACAUGCUCCAUUCUCAGGUACAACAACUUCAGGGAUCUAUGCAAAAUAUAAUUAAAUUCAUGACAACAUUCGGACCUCAAAGUCAGCAGAUAAACGAAAAUGCGAUAGCGACACAAACCGAAAUAAGUGCUGUCCAUACGCCUCAAGGCGAGGCGGCCAAAAAUUUUCCAUUUCAAAAACAAACAAGACCGUCCUCUCUUCCACUGCCUGUAAGUCAAUGUAAACAGAAUACUCCAAAUAACGGCGAUAGCCUAACAAGUCAAGAACUGAAACAGUUUGCCGGUACUCUUGUAGACGGGAUGAUAAAAACAGUAUCAGAAAACCAGGGUGAUAGAGAGUCGGACCAAAAUGAAUGAGGGAUUAAGAAAUACAUCGACAAUUGUAUCACAUAGUAAUUUAAUUCGCAUUAGCUUUAAGUGUAUAAAUAUGUAUUUGUUGUUUUAAGUUUCACAUUUGACUAAUGGCCUUGCUUAGAUUUACAUGAUGCUAAAGCUCUUGCAUAAAAUACAACACUCAUUGCAAAAUUAAAGAUGUUUAUUCGACAAUUUAUAAAAUUAGUUGAUAGUGCUGAACAUUUUUGAAAAUAUCAUUUUUUCUUUCUGUAGAUAAUUCAGUUUCAGAUUUUUGACUUUUUGCAGCUCAUUUUGUAUCAACUUAUCACUUGGGCAGAAGUUGUAGGCUUUGUUUAAAUCUAGCAGCGCUUUAUCGUACUCCUUCAAACCGAUAAGAGCCUGGGCUCUUCUAUAAUGUGCUUUUCCAUUCUGGGAGUCGAGAGCGAUAGCCUAAAUCAAAUUUGUGACCGAAUAAAUGGAUUUAACGAA